CCCUUCUUCAGUCUUUACACAAACGACAUGUCUUACCAACGCAAAAAGAGCCUGCUCAUCGGCAUAAACUAUGUCGGCAGCAGCCACGAACUACGUGGCUGCCACUCGGAUGUGGACAACAUGGCCGAAUUCCUUUCCUAUCGUGGCUACGACAAUUCCCACAAGGACCGCGUCAUCUUGACUGACCGCCCGGAAGUCCCACAGGACUCGCCCUACUACCCUACGGGCCACAACAUCCUCGCCGCCAUGGACUGGCUGGUCUCGGAGCCCGGCUGCACGCUGUUUCUGCACUACUCGGGCCACGGCGGCCAGGUCGCAGAUGUCGACCGGAACAGGACGGAAACGGGCUUGGAUGCAUCGCUUGUGCCCGUCGACUUUGAACAGCGAGGCCAGAUUUCAAGUACGAUUCUGCACCAGCAUCUCGUCACGUACAUGGCCCGUGACUGCACACUGUUUGUCAUCAUGGACUGCUGCCACUCGGGUAGUGCGCUCGAACUCCCCUAUGUCUACCGCUCCGACAGUGACGGCCAGAUCAGCUUAAUGGACAACUUGAAGACGGGCAUCCAUCUUGCCGAAGAAGCCCGCGACAUCAUCUCCGGCGGCUUCACCUUUGACAAGAUGGGCGAGGCCCAGCAUCUUCUUGCGGGCGCCAGCUCCUUUUUCAAGGGCCUCAGGCACUUUGGCGAGGAGCAGGAGGAGGGACUCGCAUCCGGAGAGUUUGCUGGACAGUAUGGCAGUGAGCGCAAGAUGGUCACCAUGUUUUCCGGCUGCAAGGACGACCAGACAAGUGCGGAUGCUAAUAUCCAGGGCCGUGCCACGGGAGCCAUGACUUGGGCGUUUUUGGAAAUGAUGAAGAGAAAUCAGCAGCCUACUUAUGCCGAGACACUAAAGUCGACGAGAAUGCUACUGGAUCAGAGCCAUUACACCCAGAUUCCGCAGUUGAGUUCUGGCUUGGAUAUCGAUCUGGACAAUAUGCCUUUGGUGCUGUGAUGUACCUCGAUCAAGUGUAGCGAGGAAACAGGUAACAGCAGCUGGAUUGUUGAUUACAUGUUUCAUAAACAUCUCGCUAGAUUUUGAAAGAAUCCAUCCCAUCUA